UCCCACCAAAUUCACAGGUGUAAAAUCUAAGCUGACGCUUCAUACUUCCAUUUCAAGAAGCUACGCAACUUAAAAACGCCGCUAUUAUAUUCAACUCGUAGUAAAAAGUAGAAAGAAUAAAGAAAGAAAGCGAGAAAAAAAAAAGUAAAGAGUAAGCUAGUUAGCUGCAACUAUGUCAUCAAUCAUGUCGAAGGUUCUGGAAAAUUCCGGCGGUUUCGCAAUCGUCGACGGCGGACUUGCGACGGAGUUAGAGCGUCACGGCGCCGAUCUCAAUGAUCCUCUUUGGAGCGCUAAAUGUCUCGUCACUUCUCCUCACCUCGUUCGUCAGGUUCACCUUGAUUACCUUGAAGCUGGUGCUGAUAUCAUAAUAUCUGCAUCGUAUCAGGCGACCAUCCAGGGUUUUCGCGCCAAAGGGUUAUCACAAGAAGAAAGUGAAGCCUUGCUAAGGAAAAGUGUUGAAAUUGCCUGUGAGGCACGUGAGUUAUACUAUGAAAACUGUGGUAAAGCUUCUGUGGAGGCUAGACAUGAUAGCAAGAUCCUAAAAAGUAGGCCCAUCUUGGUUGCAGCAUCAGUGGGAAGCUAUGGUGCUUAUUUGGCUGAUGGUUCUGAGUAUAGUGGGAACUAUGGUAAUACUGUGACUCUGGAUUUCUUAAAAGAUUUUCAUCGGAGAAGAGUUCAGGUUUUAGCUGAAUCAGGUGCCGACCUAAUUGCAUUUGAAACAAUUCCAAAUAAAGUAGAAGCACAGGCUUAUGCUGAACUACUUGAAGAGGAAAAUAUAAAUAUUCCAGCAUGGUUUACCUUUAGCUCAAAGGAUGGUGAAAAUGUGGUCAGUGGCGAUUCCUUCCCUGAGUGUGCAUCAAUUGCUGAGGCUAGCAAGAAGGUUGUUGCAGUUGGAAUUAAUUGUACUCCUCCCAGGUUUAUUCAAGGACUGAUUUUGUCAAUUAAAAAGGUGGCAACAAAACCAAUUAUUAUAUAUCCGAACAGUGGUGAAACCUAUGAUCCCAUUAUAAAGGAGUGGGUGCAAAAUACAGGGGUUCUAGAUGAAGAUUUUGUUUCUUAUGUGAAACAUUGGCAGAAGGCAGGGGCUUCUCUAUUUGGUGGUUGCUGUAGAACUACUCCAAAGACAAUAAGUGGCAUUUACAGGACUCUUUCAGAGAAAUCAGUGUCCUCCACCUUAACAAGUAACUGACGCCUUCGAGUAGUAAAUGAUUAGCCCGGAAAUAUGAUCAAUAUGCCUGUGUACUAUUGCCUUCAAAGUUAUUUCCUUCUUGACUAAGCUUGUUAACUGAAGGCCCCCUCACAUAUUCUGUAAUCUGUAUAUAAAGCACGGGGAUUUUUGCACAAAGACAAGUUUUGCAUACAAAAAUUAUGUACCGGAAAUGUUUAAUAUAGGCUGCUUUUAUCUCAAAGUUAUGUACUGGAUUUCCUGUUUCUUCUCUAUCAAGUUACUCUCUUGAUGGUAGAUUCAUAUUUACAAUGAAUAUGAAGACUCCACCUUGAUGAAUAGCCUUGUUACUUAUUCUAACUUUAUUAUGAUGGAAGUCAAACCCAACUAAUGUACUAAUAUGGCUGUGCGUGGACUUUUGUAAUAUAGAUACUUGUGUUGAAAGCCCAAAAUGUAUGAUAAAUUAAUUUUGUUAACUUGAA